AUGGAUUCACGACAUCUUGAUCCGUCAUCAGCCAUGGUGGCUCUUACCAAACAAAAGGCAGAGGCUAUGCGCUUAGCACGAGAACAAGGAGCUGCUGUGAUGGAAAUGUGUCGAAGAGCAAAAACAGAAAUGCCUCCGUAUCAAUUUGAGGAACUUAUCGGAAAGGGGGCUUAUGGAAGAGUGUAUAAAGGUCGCCAGCUUCCAUCGCAGAAAUCCGUAGCCAUCAAGGUGCUAGAGAUAGAUUCUCUGGAUUAUAAAACUGUGCAAGAUUUCAGGGACGAGUCUAUCAAAGACUUUAUCCGCGAAACGAAGAUCAUGCAACAGGCCAAGGAUGCUGGCGCCAAAAAUGUCAACAUGAUUAUUGAAGCUUUUUCAAUCCAUUCCCAACUUUGGCUUAUCUGUGAGCAUUGUCCAGGUGGAAGUGUUAAGACAUUGAUGCGAGCGACCGGAGAUAGACUUGAAGAACGAUUCAUAAUCCCGAUUGCAAGGGAGCUUGCGGAAGGUCUCAGGGCCAUCCAUGAUGCUGGCAUUAUUCACCGUGAUGUGAAAGCUGCCAAUGUCUUGAUUCACGAAGAAGGUCGUUUACAAAUCUGCGACUUCGGAGUCGCUGGCGUCAUCCAGAGCAAGGUAGACAAGCGUUCAACCUGGAUUGGAACUCCACACUGGAUGCCGCCUGAGAUGUUUCCAAACAGGCCUGGAAACGGGACACAUAAAUACGGAAGCGAGAUUGAUGUUUGGGCUUACGGCUGCACUCUAUUUGAGUGUGCUACGGGCAAUCCACCAAAUGCAACCCUAAGAGAACGGAUGCAAAUUGGACGCCAACUGAGCAGGUUUCCUCCAAAGCUAGAUGGAGAUAGGUUUUCAGAUGAUCUGCGCUCAUUAGUGGCAUUUUCACUUGACCCUGAUCCCAAAAUCCGCCCGACCAUGCAAAAUAUCCUUCAACACCCUUACAUUGCGGAUUCCACAGAAUCCCACCCAACCGCCUCGCUAAGUGAACUAGUGAAGAUAUAUUAUCAAUGGGUUCAACGUGGCGGUCAAAGGGUAUCGUUAUUUAAUCCCGGAGGUGCUGCUGCCGCUGAGUUUCCGGAGACACAAGACCCUUUAGAUCGCGAGGACUGGAACUUUAGCACCACUGAUGGUUUCGAGCGAAGAUUCUCACUGAUAGACCUGGAUCAACUUUCUGCAUCUCUUGCAGAUCUCGAGAAUGACAAGAUACCAACCUUGCCUGAGCAGCCCGGGGAUUAUUUUGACGAUAGCAAGGGGCCCGAUUUAAGUGCAGAAGACAAAGCCAACUUCGACGAGCGGGUCAAAAGAGGAGCUGCAGCCAUGGAGGGGCUUUUUAACGAAGAAAAACCAGGUUACAAAUAUGAAACUAAAAAUGACUUUGUCCCCGUUCAGCAAGAACAGCGGUUUUCCUCCGAUCUCCCUCUCCGAACAGAUACUGACCGAUCAUCGGUUACAUCUACGUUCAUCGACAUCAACCUCGGUGUAUUUGACUCUGCGCAUUACGCAGCUGGCUCUGCCUCCAGCCAUCCUCCAUUCCAACUUGCCGAUGCAGAUACAAUCCGAGCAAACCGGUCUAGCAGCAGACUCAUGCGGACUUCAACUACAAGCAGUGACUCGGGCGAAUUCCAACCACAACACGGGCCGCGGCCACCUACGAUGGAAUGGACGUUCCCCGCUACAAUGCAAACUGGGACGGAUAACGCCAGCCACGACGAACCAGGGCCGGACGUUGAGCAACCAUAUGAAGACAAACGAGAUACCCGUGAAUGGACAUUCCCUGUCAUGACCGCAGAGGAGGAACCCCGACACGAAGAACCCGACACAUGGGCGGAUGGGAACGCGUCAUCCCGCCGUAUCGAACCCGACGAUGAAAUGACAAAGAGAUUACACCCCCUGCAGCUCCCAGAAUUCACGCAGCAGCCUUCCUGUGACGGUUACUUAGACUCACGACCCUCAACCGCAACGUCCACGCAAUCAACGAUGUCCGACGCGGAUAACGACCCCUUCCGAUUUGACAGACCCGUCACGCCUCCAGGCGAGGACGCGAUUGAUUAUGAUGACGAGCUCCGCAAUUCCUUUUAUACCACGUCUUCCUUGGAUAGAUUCCCGCCCAUCACGGACUCAGUCGUCUACACGGACUUCGACGAAGGCACGCACCGCUCAAUAUACAGCUACACUGAACUGCCUGGUCCGUACCAGGAGACCAGCAUGGUUGCGGGGCCUGGGAGCCGGCAUGGGAGGGCGGAAGGUGGUGCCGAUGCUAAUGGUGCUGCCCACGGCAAUGGUAACACUGCUGCUUCUUCUGCUGCUGCUGUUGCUGCUACUGAUGGUGACAAUGAAAACGAUAACGAUGUUAUGAAGGAUGGUGGUGGAACGGAAACAACAUCUGCUGUGGAGUCGGAGUUGGCGCCGUUGGAUUUCCCAAUGCCUGUUCCCCCGAGCAUGGAGAGCAUGACGGAGGGCGCGAGUGACGAAGUUGUUGUGCAGGAGCUGGAUCGUCUUCUGGCGGACUUCCUGCACGGCCUCGGAGUUACUGGAGAGGCGCUUGUGAGGACGGAGGUGGGGAGGGGUAGGCAGGGCGGUGGUGCUGGAAGCAGUGGAGGGGAGAGUUCUAGAGGCAAUCGAGCAGAGCGGGAGCCAAGUUCAGAGCUGGAUGAUUGA